ACCACACUCGCUCACACACCGAGUCCACCGCGCUGGAGUUACCACUGAAGGCUGGAGGAACCCGGAGGCGCAUCCAAAUGGGGCUCAUCGAGCUGAUCUCACUGCUUUUGCACACACGACACUCACAAAACCACCUGCAAAACUAACUCGUUUGAGAUGCGGCUCGUCUUUGACCUCUCUGCGCUUGUGCGCACUUGACGUCUUCAAAACUGUCCAAGUUAAACAUCGUGCCUUGGCACACGGUCCGGAGCGCCAUGCCCUCGGAUUCACGGCGCGCUCCAUCAUGCUGAGUCGCUCGGCCGCGCUCGUGCUCACUCUGAGCGCCGUGGCGGGUCUCGCACCGCGCUCAGGUGCCUGGAGCGAUGACAAGCUCGUGGCAGCGCCCAUCAACUCCACCAGCGGCUUUCUGACCAGUUUGGAGGUGGGCUACUCGAAGAGAUCGGUGGCAGCAAGCGAGGAUGACGAUGCGUCGUCCAGGUGCAACGUGAGCGUGGAGAGGCUGCCGGCCAAGCUGGUGGCGCGCUGGGAUGGAGAGCUGGGCUUGCGCUGCGACGUGCUCGUCUACACCACCAACAGCCACGGAAAAGCAUUUUUCUCAGCCGCCUUCAACCGCGUCGCAUCCCCUGUUUUCAUCGAGCACGUGGGCGUCGCAGGCGCGCAGCAGGAGUUCAGACUGUGCAUCGGAUGCGGUCUCUCCCGGUUCAGGCGCUUCGGCCGAUCCAGACCGGACACAGCGGACAGCGUGCACUUCUGCUGCCUUGACUUCGCCCUGGACGAACUCAAAGGGGAUCGGAGCUGGAGGCUAAAUCGUAAACCCAUUGAAUCCACGCUCGUCGCCUGCUUUAUGACUCUGGUUAUAAUCAUAUGGAGCGUGGCUGCCCUCAUAUGGCCGGUGCCCAUCAUCGCGGGCUUCCUGCCCAACGGAAUGGAGCAACGGAGACCCAGAUAAAGCCCUUACUAACCAAACUGGCUGACUCACUUCACCGUCCGGCCCAUUUAGUUAAUUGGCAUAUAGGAUAUUUUGUCAGAUAGUAGGUCUAAUAUUAUGACAUCUAAAAGUUUUGAAGUAAAAAUAUCUUUAUAUAAAAUUAAAAUGUGCAUAUUAGACUGAAUGUGGUUUUAUAAAUCUAUGACUAGGCCUAGCCUAUAUGUUUUAUUCAGCUGUCUCUUAAAAUGUUUGUAUUGUUUUUAUCUUGAACGUUUUCGUAUUAACAAGGCUGUAGAAACGUUUCCGGCAUUAUGGAGAUUUUUUUUUUUAAAACAUUGUCUUCAAUGUAUCUUGUAAGAGCUAAUAAAAAAUGUGAAGGUCAA